AAUGCUAGUAUCAAGCGCUAUUAGGGCCUUUGGUAUAGGGUGAAGAGUAACAUCGGCUAUCUAGUAGGCCCGGUUGGCGCUAAGUUUAUAAGUGUGAGCUUCCUUCUUAUAACUUUUACUUCAGCAUUAUUUCGCUUGCGAUGGCAGACCGUAACAUUAAUCCUGCGAAUAACUUCGAACCCCAGCAAAAAAGAAGCAAAGACCUCGCGAUCAACAACACAUACAUCCGACGUUCCUUGGUUCGUUUAGGACUUCACGCCACCGCCAAGUUCUUUCACCGGUAUGGUCCUUGUGCACCCAUUUCGAAAUUACAAAAUCGUCAAAACAGGAUAUUCAGUGGGCGCCGCUAAUCCCACACCCCCUAAUUCCUAGACGUACACCCCCUUUUCACUACACGGCUACUCCGGAGCUUCCGAUUCGCUCGCUUAACUUGCUCACUAAUUCUAAAUGCUCUCUCUAAAUGCGGCUAUGUACAAUACAAGCAAUUACAUCAUGCCGAUUUGUAUAGCCUCACGUAUAGCCUUACAUACGAGCUCACGUACGAGCUCACGUACAGCUGUAUAUAUGGCUGCACGAAUUGGAAAGGAUGCGCCAUAGAACAGAGAGGCUGUAUAGCUAUGCCGAUUCGUAUAGCCUCACGUACGAGCUCACGUACGGCCUCGCGUAUAGCAUCACGUGCAGAUGGACGUAUAGGUGAAUGCCCGGAGGAAGCUCCGCGUUGCUCCGAGCCAAUUAGAAGGUGGUGAAACGAC